AUGACGACGGAAGCGUUCCGAAAGGUUUUCGUCUUGUAUACCGGCGGCACCAUCGGAAUGCGAUACGACGCCGAAGGUCAACUGGCGCCAACGAGUUUGAAGGAGCUGAAGGAAUUUCUCAUUAGAAUGACCAUUCUGUAUGAAAAGAAAGCCGAUGAGACAGAAGCGCAGGCCAGAGCACGCAUAGUGUCUAAGGAAGGUUGGAUACUCCUGCCUCAAAAGGUAGUAGAUGACUGUCGGCCUGAGGAUGAGAAGACAAAGUGUCAUGUUCAUUACAAGAUCGAAGCUAUGGAACCUCUGAUCGACUCCUCUAACAUGGUGCCUGAAGAAUGGUUCGAGAUAGCUCGUCGAAUUCAGGCGGUCGAAGAGCAAUACGAUAGUUUUGUUGUUCUUCACGGGACGGACACGAUGGCGUACACUUCAUCUGCUCUGUCAUUCAUUCUGAAGGACCUGAAAAAACCUGUCAUUCUCACCGGGGCGCAGAGGAGUAUAUUCCACCCGCGCAGUGACGCUGUAGAAAAUUUCAUUGGUACCAUGCUAAUUGCGGGUUGUUAUUCCAAAACCGCAGCUCUGCAGAAGGUGACACUUUGUAAUGACUGCAAGGUCUUCCAAGGAAAUCGAGUGUGCAAGUUUGACUGUGACUCCUUCAGAGUAUUCGACAGUCCCAAUGUGAAACCACUGGCCUACCUGGACACCAUUAUCAAAGUGCGUAAUCCUAAGUCUCGCUCAGUGGGAGAGACCAUUUCGGUCAAGAGUCAGGAAACUGCAAGGGAUGGAGGUCUACCUGAUGUGAGACUUCUACGAUUUUUCCCUGGAAUCCAGGAAAAAUACGUGAGGAGUGUGUUGGAGGGGGCAGAUGGUGUCGUCCUAGAAACGUUCGGCUCGGGCAAUGUUCCAGAACAUGAUUGGCUGAAGGAAGCUCUGAUUGAGGCUAAAUGCAGAAAGGUCAUGAUGCUCAACUGUACUCAAGUCUACAAGGGAACUGUGCAACCCAUUUACGAAACAUCUGAGGCAGGUGUGGUGGUUGGCUAUGACAUCACACCAGAGGCAGCAAUGACCAAAAUGAUUUGGACGCUCAAGACAUUUUCCAACUGUGAAAUGAGAAGGAAGCAUCAGCAGGAGCCUUUGAAGCACCAGGGAGAGGCUCUAGAGCUGGAGGUUCUGGCAGACUGGAGCAACUCCAGCUUACCUGCCAGUGAGGUCAUAGCAGAUAUCAACCUCAAUCCUCCCCUGGACUGUUCAACUGGGUUGGCAGGAGCAGCAGGAGAAACUGUGUCAGGAGCUGAUACAGGGCCACAGGAGGCAGCAGGAGCUGAGUCCAGGGACUGGGGAACUGAUAAAGGAACCCGGAAGGCUGCAUGA